UUUCAUCAUGUCCCUAUUCAAAACUAAAAAUGUAUGGUCUAUUUAUUGUGAAGAUGAUGAAACAUUCGACCAAAAUUCCAUGGUUGUCAGUCCUCUGAAUAGUGAAGCUGAUUUCAUAAUAAUAGGAAGUCAUCAUGGUGUUUUACGAAUGUUUCAACCAGUGCUAGAAAUGAACGAGGAUGCUUUACAGACAGGAUUUAAGGCUUCUGAUUUGAUCCUAGAGAAAUCCUUCAGUGAUCCAAUUCUACAACUUGGUGUUGGACAGCUUGUAUCGGGUUCUUCUCUGAAUCAACUAGCAAUAUUACAUCCUAAAUUGGUUGCUGUGUAUUCUUUGGUUGUGAAAGAAGGUGUUGCUGAACAUGGUGUCCAAUACAUUCUCAAACUGAUGUAUGCUCAUCCUCUGAAGCGAUCGGCUGCCAAUUUCACCUUAGGCCACUUUGGCGGAACUCUAAAUCGCGACUUCAUUUGUGUUCAAUCGCUGGAUGGACUUAUAACAAUAUUCGAGCAAGAAUCUUAUGGAUUUUGCUGUUUUAUAAGCACUUUUCUGUUACCUGGACCUCUAGUGUACGUGAGAAAAACCGAUAGUUUUUUCACGUUUGGUUCUAAUUGGUUUAUCCAGUGUUAUAAAUAUAAAAAUUUAUAUGAUGCCGGGCAUAGGACGUCAGAUGAAGAACCUUCUACAACAAGCACUUCUGUUCUUUCUGAUUGGGAUUAUCAGAUGAACGAGCCUAUUUUGGAAAUGAACGUACAAGAGUUGGCAACUAAGGAAUAUGUAGUGAUGAUUUUGGGUGAACAAAAUUUGUAUUGCCUCAACCUAUACGGAAAAUUGAAGUUUAUGAAACGUUUUGACUUUUCCCCAUUAUGUUUCACUUCUUAUGUCCUAGGAGAUAACAUUAUAUCCAUUGUGAUAUCUGAAACGAGUACAGUUUUGAUAUAUCAAAAUACUACUCUUAAAUGGUCAGCACAAUUAAAUUUUUUACCCAUCAAUAUCAAGAGGGCAAACUUGUGGAAUUUGAAGGGAUGUUUGAUCAUACUAUCCGACGAUGGAAGGCUCGAAUGUUGUUAUUUGGGAACAGAACCCAGUCUUUUUGUAGCACCGCCCUUGAAUUAUCAGGAAUUAGACUUUGAAAAGGCUGAAGAAGAAUUAGCUUCUUUGACCAAGGCGAUAAAAGAAUUGAGCAACGAUGAAAUAAAACUGAGCAACGAUUUCCUAGACAAACAGUUCACCAUGAAUCUUCAGGUAGACCCUGAAUUGAAAACUUGCACCCAUGAGGAUAGCUUGAGUAUGGCUUUCAACAAUCAGAUGUGCCAAUUGAUAAUUGAUAUAAUACCUCACAAUCGCGUGGGAGAGCUUCAGCUGUCAAUUAUGGUACACAGACCUUUGAAAUGUUCUCCAACAACAUUUUUUCAUAGCAAUUUUAAAGAAAAAAUUCAAUUCGUUUGUGAUAUUUUCCUGGAUGAAGAACUGGAAGUACCUACUUUGAAAUGUGAUGUUGUUGCAAGUAUAAUAACCGAAAAUGGAAGUCCGAGAAACCUUACCAAAUAUGUGAUGUUACCUUUGGGAUUAGUAGUUAAGUUUAGCCCACCACAAAAAGAGAGUGAGGUUAAAGUUAAUUUGAGUAUCAACAGGGACUUGGUUCCUAUAUCGGUUUUAUUUCCAGACUUAAUGCAGGAUAAUCCGAUGGAGGCGUCCGGAAAUGCAGCCGGUUUUGCCAACGUAACGGAAUGUGGCAAAACGACCUCUGUCCUAUUAGCGAAAUCCUCACAAAGGUAUCGCAUUCAAUCCGAUUCCCUCGUCUCUUUGAAUCUGAUGGUUGAGCAAAUGGUGCAUCGUUUGGGGAGAUACUUCCAGGACGAUGAAGGUUUCUCCAUCAAUUUUGGCGGGUUAUUGCCGAUUUCGCCGUUGGUUUCUUGUGUAAACCGGCAUUUUCGAGUUCGCAAAGAAGUCGUUCGGUUGCAGGAAAAAUUAUCAGUUCUCAGCUCUCAAUAUCGUCUCAUUGAAAAACGAUUAGUGGCCAAAUUGAAGGCGAAAACUCCAAUACCACUAACCAAAUUAGGAAUCCUUCUGAAUGACACUUCCAUGGAUAUUUCAAACACGAUAGAAGAGUUCAUGGAGAAAAAUGCAGAAUUGAGUAAAGUGCAAGUUGAACUAGAAUGCUGUCUGAAUGCUUUAAUGAAUUUGAUUAGAGUUAUGGAUGUGGAUAAGAAAUUAUUAAUUUUAAUAGAAUCAGUGUUUCAACCAUUCGUCUGUGAUAUAGAAAAUCAGAAUUGGGAAGACGUUGUGGAGUGCAAUCUCCAAUACCUACUCCGAACUUCUUUAGCAAAAUCCGAAAAGGAUAAAUUGAGAGCGGAAUGUUCAUCUUUCGAAGAAGUCCAAGAUAUAACAAAAAUGGAAAAACACUUAUCUCAAGUAUUAGAGAGGCUUUCGAGGAAAAUGGCUCUUGAAACGUUCAACCCUCCUGAGGAAAAAGGAAGUCCAAAAUUGAUUGAAGACGAAAAACAACCGAUUGGAUUAGAGAUAGGAAAAUCCAGUUCUAGAAUUUUAUCUGCUAGGGCAAGAAAUUCUAAUGCUUUGACGCGAAUACCAGAUUCAAAAGCAGAAGGGAAUGAGAUAGUUUAACUAUGAGUUGUAUGAAUGUUAUUGACUAAUUAAAAUCUGACGAAGUUUA